CAUAAUCCAUUUUUAUUAAAUAAGUACCAAUGAAUAUAUUGAAUAAGUAACAAUGAAUAUAUGGAAACGUACAAGAAAAGACUGGCUAAGUAGAACAAUGAGCUUUGAUGUGAUUGGUCGCUGUUAGAUCUGAGGAGUCAUGCUGUACUGUAUCUCCACCUGACAAAUCACACACAAUCAGGAACUUUCAGCACAAAAAAAAGAAGUAAAUUUAAAAGGCCGUCUUUCACCACUGCCACUGUGUUCCUAAUACACAUGUAGUCUGUUGAAGGUAUGUUGGAGCUCUGUGUUUUGGUAGUCCAGUGGUGAGCAGUCUGCAAUAGGAUAACGUGGCAAAGGAGACCCCUCAAGGUUCAUUUGUAGAGGAAAUUUUCUUAGUUAUGCAAUGGCCUUGGCAAAGUUUUGAAAGACUGAGAAGCCCUGCAAGCACAGUAUAUUUGGCAGAGAGGACUUAAUGCUCCAUGCAUACAGGAUGGAGGGGUACCUCAUUCCACCUCCAUUAGAAGAAAUGAUUGCCUAUGAUCCAGACAUCUAUAGACCACCCUUAGAAUAUUACCCAUACUCUAAUAGUGAUGGAGAAAGUCAUGGAGAUUAUGGCUGGGACCCCCAUCACAUCCACCAUGGUGAAUUUGAGAACCCCCAGCCAACCCACUUCACAGAGUUGCAAAGUGUACAACCCCUACACAUUACCAACUUGCACCGAUAUACAGAAAUGGAGCCCAUGCACUCCACUCUAGAUCCUGGCCUUGGACCACAUCACCUGGCAAUCCCCCAACAGAUGUCAUAUUUCCCUCGGAACCUGUGUUACCCACACCCCUCCCCAGCUCAACGGAGCUCAGACGAGGAGGACCCAGGGGGCCGUAGCCCCCCCUUCGAGGUUUCAGAUGGAGAAGAGCAUGUGGACCAUAUCCCCUGUACCUCUGGUAUAGAGUCAGUGAUGAUAACAGGCAGCACCCCUAUCUGCCUAGGCAACAAGAAGAAAAUCCGUCUGUACCAGUUCCUGCUGGACCUGCUGAGGAACGGAGACAUGAAGGACAGCAUCUGGUGGGUGGACAAAGACAAGGGAACCUUCCAGUUCUCCUCCAAGCACAAGGAAGCCCUGGCCAACCGCUGGGGCGUGCAGAAAGGCAACCGCAAGAAGAUGACCUACCAGAAAAUGGCCCGGGCCCUGCGGAACUACGGCAAGACAGGUGAGGUGAAGAAGGUGAAGAAGAAGCUGACCUAUCAGUUCAGCGGAGAAGUGCUGGGGAAAGUGGCCACUGAGAGGAAGAUUUACCCUCACUUAUAGGGCAGGAGGAGUGUCCACACAGGCUCAUUACUGUCUGUGGAGAGGACAGAAACAUCAGAAAAAGUAUUUUUUUCGAGGAAAUGAUAGCAGCACUUUUAAAUCCUUGGCUGCAAAUUCCUAGUCAUUGAACCACCCCAGUGAUCAUUAGCAGAAUUGGCAGGCAUUAUUUCAAAGUGUUACUGAUCAAAUAUUUUUGUGCUACCAUUUGUUAAGCAAUAUUUUCUUUUCUUAUGUUAAAAUAUUGUAAAUAGCAUUAAUUUUGUGAUGUCUGGUACUCCUUGUGUGUGUAGCUUAUAGUAAACGAAAAAUAAUUAAAGAGCCAUGGAUAGUCUCAGAAUUAGAUUUAGCAAUAUAUCAUGGAAAAUGGCUGAAACUGAAAAGAGAAGUGAAAAUAAAUGACACAGCCUCACACAAAACGCAUGGUUCAGCAUGCCACAGCCAGAUAGAUAUUCAUCCUUAUACUGCCCCCACAUGGUUAAAAAAAUUAUGGUCCAUGGUACAAUUGUGUAGUCCUAUGAAUUUCAGCACUGAAUUUUUACUAAGCUACAUUUGGUAUUAUUUUUUGCCAAAAGCAUUUUGGAGUGUGGUUAUAUGUGAAAAUGAAAAGGAAGGAUUCAGAGAAUUUCCCCAAACAUUACUCAAUGAAAAUGAAACAGACAGGAGUCAAGACUACUGUCUCAACUUCUUCAUAGUUUUGAAAUGGACUUGUUUAUUGAUACAUUAUCCAAAAUAUCAGUACAAAAUUUUCUUUUAUGCACACUGUAGCACUGGCGAAAACAGACAUAUUAAGGAGUUCAUAUAUUUUCAGUGCCCUCCAAAAUUAUUUGAACCCUUGACAAUGAUGAGCAAUGAAGGCAGUAUAAUAAUAAUAAUAAUAAUAAUCAUCAUCAUCAUCAUCAUCAUCAUCAUAAUUAUUAUUAUUAUUAUUUAUUUUAUUUUUUUUAGAUAUUUGUGUCACAAAUAUUCACACCCUGAAUAAUUAUUUUAAAUAAUCCAACUAAAAUAAGUACACAUUAACAUACUACAGUUUUCAAGUCAAAAGGAACCAAGACUUCACUGAAGUAUAAGAAAUGAGAUAAUAUAUACUUAAAAUGCGUCAUUCAUCGCUAUGGGAAAAGACAUAGAAAACAGGGAAAGGGCCAUAUUUUAACAGUCAAUGCACAAUUGUCAAGUCCUAGCCCUAAUAUGAGAUGCAAAUGAAGGCGUGUCCAAUUCAAUUUCUGUAAUCUUGUGACACCAGGCUGUAGUGUUAUUAAUGCACAGCUGCAAAAGUUUCAAAAGGCAAAACUUGAAUUGGUGUGAUGGGGAUUUGGUUUCAUUAUUGCCAAUCAGCCCAAUUUUUUUCCAUUUAAAAACACCACAGUCAACUGUUAAUUUCAUCAUGGCCAAAAGGCAAGGGCUUUACAAGCUUCUCUAUAUGAACUAUUUCUCGUGAUAUCAAAACUAAGGUGAGAUUGCAUAGUUUUCAUUUUCAUAGUUAUUUCCCCCUCAAACAAAAUUAAUUUUCAAUUUAAAUGCCAGUGCUUGUUUCUUUGUUAUAUAUUAUUUCUCUAUAGCAUCACUAUUUCAAAUAAAAAAAUAAAAAUAAUUGUUAAUUUCUGACAUGCACUUGCAUUAUGUAAGGACAUGUCUCCUGUUAUGGCACCCAACCCAUGUUGACACAAAUGGGUUUACAGCAGACCACGAAACUACCAAACCUGACGUAGGUGACACUUCCAUUUGCGUGAGAUGCAACUACCAAUUCCACUUAUGCCCAGAUGGUAUGGCUCUUCCAUUGCCACCAAAAUAAGACCCAGAGAGUUGUUGACUGUAUAGACGAAUGGUCAAGGAUACAAUUCAUAAAGAACUAUAAUAGAUGACCCAAUAGUCUUAUUUUUGCCAAGGCAGGGUGAAAAAAGUACUGAAAACAGGGGUGUGAAUGUUUGCAACACAUAUAGUCCUGGGAAAUAAAUUUAUCAUUUGAGAAGUGUUCUUUUGGUUCAUUUUAUUGAAUUGUUAUUGAAUUAUUAUAUUUUCCAUAUUUUAGAAUUAAAAUACACCUCAAUACUUGUAUUAUUUUAAACAGUCUUUUUUGUUCAUCUGAAUUAAGGGAAGGAAUCAUUUUGUAGGGCUCUGUAUCCCUAUUAUAUCCACUGCCAUAUAGACAACUUUACACUAAGGUGUUGAUGACAGUGCAUUUUCGUAGCAAUGAAGGUAUUUAAGAACAUUUUGACAAAAAUAUAAGUUAAAGUUUUAACUGAAUAAUGUUCUUGGUAUAAUAUCUCUCUAUACUAAUUAUUUUAUCUAAUGAUGCACCAGUUUACUUAAGAUGAUUGCUCGUAUUAAGGCAAACUGUGGAUGAAAUAAAUCCUAUGUAAUAAUGUUCCUUGGACUGUAAUUCAUGAAUUAUUUAUUAAAUAAAAAAUCUUUACAUUAAAAUGUGACUUAUAACCUU